UGGUAUUUGUUACGUUUGGCUUCUGUGCACACUUGAACCUUAGCUAUCAUGAUGAGCAUCUCUUCUUACUCUUUUCUUUUUGCUGUGGCAUUGCUUUCCAAAUCCUUCAUAGCUUCAGAGACAACAGCCAAAUUAGAAGAAUCUAGGCCUCUCCAUGAUAGUAAAGGUACAAGCAACGCAAUUGUAAAAAGAGAUGUUUCUGACAAGUCUACACAUAUGCUUUCAUCAAAUCACUAUCCUUUCAUAGAAGGCACCAUAUGGAACGGAGAGGAAGGUGACUCAAAAAUCAUCAUUACGGAUUUUGACCCUAGAAGCACAAGCAAAAGAUUUCAGAGCAACAAGAAACCUCUUGGGCAGACACUGUCGCUUGAAGUGCCUGUCAAACAUCUUCCACUUUUUACCAUAAGAGACACAGAAGGCAAAGUACAAACUUAUGACACGGAAGAACGUCGGGAUUCUGGAGAUGAAGAGAAUCCAGCUAAAACGUCAGUAGACAGGAGAGAUUUUGAUAUGCUAAGGUGUAUGCUGGGAAGAGUGUACAGACCAUGCUGGCAGAUUUGAAAAUCAUCGUGGACUCAAUCAAGAAAGUUCCAACUUUA